AUGAGCGGCGUCGGGUUCCUCGUGAAGACGCUGACGCCGCGGCGGCGCAAGGCCGCGCUGCCGCCCGCCGCCGUGGCGGUGCCGGUGCCCGUGCCCGACGUGGUACCCGCCUGGGACGCGGCCGCCUGCGCGCCGCCGCUCACGCCGCCCGCCGCCUUCCUGCCCGCCGGCUCGCGUCGCUCAACAGAGCCGAGGAAGGAGAAGACUGAGCAAGUGAACGGAUCGCUGUCGCUGCCGGCGGCGGCGCCGGUCGCGUCGCACGGCGAGGGUGCGCCGGCCGCCCCCACCGCCUCCUCCUCGGCCGCCCCCGGGCUGCAAAGCCAGCAGCAGGCGGCCGCCGCCUCCGCGCCGCCCCCGCAGCAGGCGGACGCGGGCGCCCGGCCCGAGCGGCCGUCCUCGCUGGGCCCGGGGGCGGGGGCGGGCGCCGGCCAGGGCCCCGGCCGCCUCACGCGCCGCCUGCUCUGCUACCACGCCGACCACUGCGCGUCGCGGGGCUCGCCGCCCCACGCAGGUGGUCCAGAAGUGAGUGAUGUGCCCCCACCGGCCCCUCCGCCCCCUGGUGGCAGCGUGUCAGUCGCCACCUCCACGUCGUCGGUGCCGCCCACGGCCGGCAUGCCCACGGGCCCCGGCGAUCGCCCUGCACCACUCACACUGUCUGAACUGCCCGAGCCGCCCAUCCCAGUGUCCGAGAUCGGGCCCAUCCCGCCGCCGCCCAUGUUCAGCUCGUCUCCGCAGCCACCACCCACCUCUGUCGGCAUGCCUGUGCCCACAUUCUUGUUUGAUGAUCAAGAUGAGGGCUCGUGCUGCGAUGAAGGUGAGGAUGAAGAUGAUGAAGGUGAUGAAGACGAUGCACACUACCUGUUCCGUGUUCCACAGCCUGAUCCAAGUAUAGACACGACACGUGUUGAGGAGAUACCGGCAAAAGAACCAAAAUUCCAUGCUGUGCCACUUAAGUCUGCAUUGAAAAAGAAAGGUAGUGGAGGCAGUAAUACAGGAGGGAGCGGUCCAGGUACUCCACAGAACACACCAACACAAGAAAGCAGGCCUCUCACUCUGCGCCAGGACCAUACAUCCUUCAAAAGGCCAUCUUCUAGACCACGAACAAGGAUAAGUGCUCGUCCUGUGAGAUUCGGAAUCCCUCUGCCAUGUACAAUGGAAAAUAAGGAGAACACAAGGCCAUAUGUGAUAAGAGAGGAUGGUGAUGGACCAGUCCUUUAUCGAGAAGAUGCUGACAGUGAUGAGGAAAGUCGCCUUGCUGCUAAGAUUGCACGGAAAGAUAGUUUGGCUCUGAAACUUGCUUUGCGGCCCAACAGGCAAGAACUGAUUGCUCGCAACAUAAUUCACGAAGAAAGUGAAAAUGAACGAAUGGAGACAAAGGAAGCAAUUGGUGCACGGCUGAUAAGGCGGCUGAGCAUGCGACCAACACAAGAAGAAUUGGAAGAAAGGAAUAUAUUAAAAAAACAAAGUGCAGCAGAGGAAAAGAAGAUGAAAGAAGAAAAGAAGAGGAUGCUUCUGCGAAAGCUUAGUUUCAGGCCAACAGUUGAAGAGCUCAAGGAGAAAAAGAUCAUUCGAUUUAAUGAUUACAUUGAAGUGACACAGGCACACGAAUAUGACAGGAGGGCAGAUAAACCAUGGACUCGCCUCACACCUAAGGAUAAGGCUGCCAUCCGUAAGGAACUCAAUGAGUUCAAAAGUUCUGAAAUGGAAGUGCACGAAGAAAGCCGUCAUCUCACAAGGUUCCAUAGGCCAUGACGACAGCAACGUAUAGGCAAGGAAAUCCACUGGGCCAGUGUCAUUCAGGGGCCGCUCAUGAAGAGUGUACUUGUGAUAGUGAUGCUGCAAUAUAGUGUUACGUCCAAGCUGACUGACUUUUACACUCUCAUCCUGGCCAGAAGUGAUCCUUUUUUCAUAUGAAAAUGAAUCACAUCUGUUACAUAUUGAUUAAUUUCAUAUUAUUAGAGCAAAUUUGUGUGUAAGAAACAAAUUUUAAUAUCUCGUCUGUAAAUAAUGUAAAAUUACCUUUGCAGCCAUUUCUCACAGGGAUGGCUUCUGGACUCAGUAGUGCAUUUUUUGGCACAACUCUUUAAGGGAAAGAAAGUAAUGGUUACCCACCAAAUCUUCAUAGAUGAGUAAAUUUCAGAAGUGGAGAUGAGUCUGCAGUUUUGUUUUGCCUGGUUGUGUAGCUGUGGGCGUUCAUGGCUGCAGUUAUGCUGAAUGUAGUACAUGAGAUAAUUGCCUUAGAAAAUUGAUUGUUUCUAUUAAGCCUGUCUAAAAUGGCAACUGUAUUUAUUACUGUUUUUGUAGAUAACAAUGAUCAGGUCUUAACCCUGUGGUUUCUCAGAGUAUUAGAGAAAUCAUUAUGAAAGUUUUAUGUCGCUACCAACUUUCUCGGGACAUGAACAAAUUAUUUUUAAUUAUUCCAGUUUUCUUUAUAUAUUGAGUUAUUAAAUGAUAUGUGAACGCACUUAGUCUUGUUAUUAAAUAAAACUAUAUAUUUCCUGAUGAACAUUGUGCAUGUAGGAUAUUCCCAGAAAAAAUAUCAGUGUCUGGCUGGUUGCACCAUUGCCCUGUAAUUAAAAAUAAAAUUCAAUCUAUGUUUUUAAACAAUUUGUGCGAGAGGUGUAUUUGAGUGUAUUGUUGCAAUAUUACUGCUAGAAACUGAAGUUGUAACACUUGAUUUAUCUUUCAAGUGAUUUUUUGAUAAAGUUCUUCAGUAGUGUACAUCAAUAUUCAUUAUGAAGUCAGUAAAUCCUCCUAGUAGUUAUUCUUUUAUUUUGUGAUUUAUUACUCGACAUAUUGCCCUAAACAUAAGAAAAUCUGCAUUAAGUAGUUUUUCAGAAUGAGAACUGCUGAAAAAUUAUGAAAAUUUAUAAUGAUCUCACUCAACGUAUGUUACCAGGAGUUAACCAUUAUCCCUUUGAAUAUGGCUACUAUAACCAUGAUAUGAUUUUUCAUUCUUACCAGUGACAUUGCAACUGUACAUCCUCACAGCUUUUGUUUUAUUAGCAGUUAACAAUUACAAAUAAGAAAAACAGAAAUUAAUAUUAAACAACAAAAAAUGGAAAAAGGGGGAAAUUACUCACUUGGUUUGAAAACAGAAUAAUAAUGGUAACCAAUAUUGUACCAGCAACAAAAAGAACUACCUUUUCAGAUAUAAAAUAUGGGAAGUGUAGAUGAAGUAAACAGAACAUGUUAGAAAGAAACUAUUGAGUCUGAGGACAGAGAGAUAUUUCGGUGGAAAACUGAUCAAAACUGCCAUCUUGAUAGGUGUGUUUAAGUCUAUACAGCUGAGAAAGUUAGACGUUUUACAAGUGUCAUAUACUAGAGCACUGCUUGCUAGUAAUAAUUACAAGAAUGUGAAUGUGAAUGUGAAUUUCAGCGAUCCCUUUGUGAAACAAUUAAGAACUUCACUGUAUGUAAAGUAGCUUAACAGAAUCGAAGUAAUAAUUUCAUGAAUGAAAUGAAAGACAAAUAACAACAGACAAAUUUAAGGGAAGGAGAAUUGGGAGAAAGAAGGGAAGGUAAGGGAGAAAAUUGACAAGUAGCUGAAAAACCAAAUGGCAAAUAUAUGAAAAGAGUUAAAUAAUAAUGCAAACAAAGAAGGCCAGUGAUAAUGUGAGUUUGCUUAGUUAGUUUCAAUGAUAAAAUAGCUAUCAUCUGUUUAGUUCCAUUGCUAGGAAGGGGAAUGUUGGACAAUUAGAUGCAUUACAGACACUGAGAUGCCACUUUUUAAUUUGGAAAAUGAUGUCUACAUAACUUUUACUUUAUGUGCAUACCAGUGGAUAAAGGGGGGAAAAAUAUCCCUGGAACAGUGAGGUUAAAUAAUGCAGGCUAAUAUUUUACAUUACAUAUUUGUUUGAUAUAUAUAAUUUUUUCAUUGUCUUACUUAUAACAAAACCCAAUAUUAACUAAGAAAUAGGGCAUGGUUUGAUGAGCUUUCAUGCAUCUUCAUUAUUGUCCUUAAUUUAUUACACUUUCCUCGUUUUUUCCAAUGGAUCAGAUAGGCUGACCUUGUUAAAGAAGAGCUCAGAUCCGUAGUGGUUUUGUUACUUUUCCAAAUUUUUUUGACGAGUUGAUAUUCACAACUUUCUUUUGAUGCAGUUGGGUAGAAGUGAAGAGUCUUCAAAAAGCUUCAUAUAAUGUCUUUAUUCAGUAAGAUAAACUGAUUGUUAUUGAUAAUGCAAUUUAAAUAUUACCAGUCUGUGCACAUUAUGUUCAAUGAACAUAAUGUUUCCAAAUUAUUACUCAUGAUAUUUAUACAUACCAUAAACAAUAGCAUAGUGAUGAAUGUCUUGAAACCGUUGCUCAUUUUUUUGUGUAAUGUUAUUCAUACAGAUAUGAACAUUAGUGCUUUAUUGUCCUUAUUUGGGAAAUAUCUGAUAUGACCUGUUUUUGGAUAUCUUUUCCUAGUUGAAACUGAAUAGUAUUUGUCAAGAGAUAUAUUCACCCAGAUGUGUGUUUGGGAAGGCAUUCUCUGUGAUAAAAUUUUCUUAAUGUUCGUUACUGACAAAUAAUUCUUCACUACACACACAUGAAAUUGAUGUGCAAUGUAAUAUAUGCAGCAGAUGUUUUUGAAAAACAGAAGAAAGUGUGUGUGUGUGUGUGUGUGUGUGUGUGUGUGUGUGUGUGUGUGUGUGAGAGAGAGAGAGAGAGAGAGAGAGAGAGAGAGAGAG